GACGCAGAUACCCAAGAAAGGCACUGGACUUGAGCCUACUUACCCGCUACUAGAUCCUGGAGAGCAGACAGAAAGAAACCUGACGGAAUAUACACAUUUGUUUUAUUCCAAGUGAAGCAUCUUUUCUAAAGAAGACAUGGAUUUUUUGAACCACAGCUACUUGAGUGCGCGUACCUCGUACGAUUACACCUUUAAUUUUUGGAAUGACUAUCUCGGGCUGUCCACACUGGUCACGAAGAACAACAAGCACAGUGUCCCCCAGAGUCCCAACUCCAUCACGGAGUCUCUGAAAGCAACGCUGGGCUUGGACGACACGCCUCCGUGCCCGUGCGUAAUCGCGGCCGGAGGCGAAGGCGAAAGCGGCGGACACCUAGACUCCUGCUGCUGCCCUCCGCCAGGCUCCGUCUCCAUCCUGGACCUGAAAGAGCGCUUCUCCAUUCUUAGCCCAUUCCAGAGUCAGAACCAGGGCACGGGAGGGCUGCUGUCCUCCUCACAGGAGCGGGAGAUGUGCAUCGGAGGGGGAUUCGCGGGGUUCGACCUGUUCGGCGUGGAGAGGAAGAUGAGGAAACCAACUGCGCGGAAUAAGCAGGAGCCCAAGAUCUGCGUCUUCUGUCGGAAUAACGGCGCGCCCGAGGAGGUGUACGGCUCGCACGUCCUGAAAACCCCGGACGGGAGGGUGGUGUGCCCGAUCCUGCGGGCGUACACUUGCCCCUUAUGCAGCGCCAACGGGGAUAACGCGCAUACGAUAAAAUACUGCCCUCUCUCCAAAGACCAGCCUGCCCAGAGAGUGCUGAAGGGAGGCAGAGCUGUGGGUGGUAAGCGAGUGAAAAUCUUCUAAAAAAGACUGAUGAAAUAGCCUACACUUACAUUUAUUGCACUGAACAUUUUCUUUCAGAUGAUGACUGUUCCGAUUGCGGCUUUAAGAGUCUUAACUACUAGGCUACAGGACUUAUUAAACAAAUACGAUAUCAAUGUUUUCGUUGAGAAUACAAAAAACAAAAAACAAAAAAAAAAAACUCUUAUAUUUUUAUAGAUUCUUUAUUUCCAUAGUUUAUUGCAUAUUAUUCAUAAAAAGCUAUUUUUUCCCUUUUCGCGCAUAGGUUUUAGAUGUUUAUUCAUUGAAAGUCCCAAUUCAUAGUCACAUGUUGUUGUGAUGUUAUUUUUGUUGAAAUGGGAAACGUGAAUGAUGGCAUUUAUAUCCACACCAGAGGAGCUGCUCUUCUGUUCAACUCAAGUGUUUUCUUUCAUGUAGGCUAAGCCAAGCUUGCACCUCGUUUUGUCUUUUAAACCAAAGUUUAUUUAGCCAUUAAGCGAUUUGACGAAUGUUCCACGUCUUCAUUUAAUUGACAUGAUUCUGAACUGAUGUUGGAAGUCCCAUUCCACUCUUCCUUUAGAGUCCACUUCAUAAAUUCCCUCCUUCCCUCCAGGGCCUAACAUUUAGUACGCGCACGGACGCGCACAGCAACACAAUAGAGUCUCUGUUGCGCGUUCAUGUUCUCAGCAUAACUUCAUAAUAAGCCAAAUUAUUUCCAACCCCACUGACUGAGCCAGACGUAGGCUAGGUUACAUUUUACAUUACUGAGCACCAUGUUACUCAUAUUACAUGUAAAUAUAAUGAAUAAAAAUAACACUGAGCGAAUUUACAUGUUGCUCAUUAGUAUUACUCAGUACUUACAUAUGUAAUUACACUGUAGCAUGAGCACACUGAUGUAAAGUGUUACCAUAGGCUAUUUUCUUUUCACCCAGAACUCUUUAGAGAUGACUAAAAGGGGCACUUUCGAUGUUUACACCCCGAGUAAGGGGAACACACACUGGAGAAAGAAUACAAAUCCUAUGGGUGCCUCUCUUUAGCUCGAAAUGAUCUGCUCAACCAUUUUCACAAAGUCCACGUUUCUUCAAAACAUCCCCGGUGUGCAAGGGGAAAAGAGAGAGGUUUAUGACAACAACAAAAACACACCAGUUUGACGAUUCUCAAAGGGUCCAUGAUGGAAUCUAGCACGUAUGAAUGUUCUUAAUAAAAAAGCUUUUUGUAAAACAAUGCAUUUGCCCCUUUUUGCAUUAUGUACAAUAAUAAAUUCCCAAAAAAGAAAAAAGGAUGCAAAAAUAUUGUGAAUGUACAAUUGACACUUACAGGACUGCACAUUUCUGACCGUUAUGUUUACCAAAGGAAUUCAAUUUGAAUGAAGUAAUGAACAUAGAUUUGCUGUAUUGUAAAUAAUUGCCAAACAAUUGAAAAUGAAUUAAGUGAUGAUGUCUAUUCAGUGUUUUACCGUUUAAAAGUGACUUCAGAGGGAACUACCUCACCAGGAUUUUGUACUUACAUGUAAAAUGUCAACUGCAGUUUAUUAAUAUAGUGUGCCAUUUAUAACAAGGGUUUAUAAUAGUAUUUUUGAUCUUUGUAUAACAUAAUUGUAUUUUUUUCCAGUGCAUUCUAGAGACGAAAGUGAAAUUCCAAUAAGCUCUAAGCAUUGUUUGCUAAUAAAUGACAGCUGUACAUAUGAAUAAAGAUAUCAUACAUUUAAGUUGCAGUUUAGUGUUACAUUCUUGGUUGGUGACAGACAGAGAGAGAAUCAAAUGUUGAAAACAUCAGACAAUUUGCCACUUUUAACUGAGGUUUGUAAUGAAAUUAAAAGAGUAAAAAAAGAAACACUGUUGAAUAUUCUUAUUUAUAUUUUGUCACACUACCCUGUAUGCUGCUGUGCAGAAAUUAAAGAGAUGAAUUCACUAGAUAAAUAAACAGCUUAUG